GACGCAAUCAGCGGGCGUUCGAUGGAACGCGUCAGCCGGUUCCAGCGGGCCGGCGGGAGGGACGCCGUCUACCCAGCAGAGGGAGGGGGAGCGAAGGGGGAUGGGGGAGCGGGGGCCAUGGCUCCUGCUGCCGCCACCGCCGCCGUGCAGCCGCCAGAGAUCCAGUUCGCGCAGAGACUGGCCGCCAACGAGAAGCGGAACCGGGACCGGGCGGUGAAGAAGCUGCGCGGCUACAUCAGCCUCAGGACCCGGAGCCCGGCGGGUAGGUGAGCAAAAGAAUUCUUCAGCAUAGCUAGUGCUUCCCAGAGAGGUGGACAUCAACAGAAAAGCUCCUUCCAUCCAUUUCAGAAGAAUCUACGUUACAGCAGCAGAGGUGGCUUCAGCCAAGAAGAAUUAUUAAAAAUAUGGAAAGGAUUAUUUUAUUGUAUGUGGAUGCAAGAUAAACCUCUGCUGCAGGAAGAACUAGCAAGUACUAUCUCCCAACUUAUACAUGUCAUUCAGAAUAUUGAAGCUCAGCACCUGUUCAUUCAGACCUUUUGGCAAACUAUGAACCGUGAAUGGAAUGGAAUAGACAGACUGCGCCUUGAUAAAUACUACAUGCUAAUCCGCAUGGUUUUGAGGCAGUCCUUCGAAGUACUGAAAAGAAAUGGAUGGGAUGAAAGUCUGAUUGGGCCAUUUCUGCAUCUGUUAAUGAAGGAAGUUAUACACCCAGAGAGUAAUGCUCCAAAUGGGAUUAAAUUCCAUUUUAUUGACAUCUAUCUGGAAGAACUGGCUAAAGUUGGAGCCAAGGAGCUCACAGCAGAUCAGAAUCUCAAGUUUAUUGAACCAUUCUGCAAAAUUGCUGCCAAAUCUAAGGAUCGUCACCUGAUGCAGGCAGUAGCCCGGGGUAUCUUUGAAGCCAUUGUGGAUCAGUCCCCUUUUGCCAUUGAAGAUCUAAUGAAAGAAUUGAAAACAAGCUGUGAUGACCAUGUUGAGCUGUCCGAAGAAGAUGAAGAUGAAAACAAGGAGCCAUUAAUGACCAAAGACAAACAUUUAUCAAGAAAAUCUGCACUGAGCUUUGAGGAACAAAAGGACCUUUCUGAAAAUACUGAUGAAAAUAUUGGUCCUGUUCUCCAGUUUAACUAUAAAGCUGUUGCUAACAGACUCUUCGAAUUGGCCAGCAGAAAAAAUACACCUGCCUUUAACAGAAAACGUCUGUACAAACUGGUCAAAAAGUUCCAGGGCCUAGCAGAAGGAAUCUUCCCACAAGAUGACUUCCCUGAAGACGUUUCUACAGAUGAAGAUGACGAUACAUUCAGCAGGGGCAGGCGAAAGAGAAAAGUUGUUAAACCUGUGGAGAAAGCCAAGCUGGAGAAAGAGAAAGAGAAGGAUGGAAAAGAGGCACCGAGUGCAGAGGGAAAUGAUGCACCAGGACGCCAGAAGAAGAGGAAGAGGCGGAAGAAGAGAGACUGUCAAAUUGCAAACUCCAGCACACCUGACGGAAGGAGUGAGCAAGGGGUAUGUGAUGCCGUUGAACCCAACAAGGGCAGAGCGUCAGAAACUAAUAAGAGAAAAAGAAAAACCAAAUCUCUGGACAGAGAGCCAACGGAGACUGGAAUUGGAGCAACCGGCAGUGGAGGAGGUGGUGACAACUGUGCUCAGGAUGCUCUGACCCACAUAAUACAGAAUAAAAGGACACAGCUCAAGAAAAAGAAUACAAAACUACAGAAGGUUCCUGUAAAUCCUGUAUCCCAGAAUGGACCAACUAAUGCCAGUGCCCUGCAGGAUGGCAGUGACUGUGCCCCUCUGACUACUACCAAGAUGGUGAAAAAGAAACAGAAAAUAGGGACUGUCUUACUCAAUGGAAGUGGCUUAUCUGAACAGGCUGCUCUGCAGUCAGAAGGAGAAAGCUUGCAGAAUAGCCUUAAAGGAGAAGGGGACUCUGAAUCCACACCUACCCAAAAAGUGAAAUUGAAGAAAAAACCUAAGUUGGGCAGUUCAGAAGGACUCAAGGUCUCAAACCAGAAACCAGCAUCCCUGAAAAAGAAGAGGAAGAUCAAAGAGGUGAUAAACUCUGUGGAAGUGAAGGGAGUUCUUGAGGCUGCAUGCAAGAAAAGCAAAAAGAGCGAGGUUGGUGGCACUCUCACUUUAAUAAAGAAAAAGAAGGCCAAGACAGAGAAUGACUUUGUGAAAUUUGAAAAAACAACUUUGCCAAAGCCAGUUUUCUUCAGGAAAGCCAAAGGAAGCAUCUCUUCAACCAGAGCCUCAAUGCAGUUAAACAAGCUGCAGGGCUCCAGCUCCAAAAAAGUCACCUUUGGAUUGAAUAAGAACAUGACUGCUGAAUUUAAAAAGACAGACAAAAGUAUUUUAGUGAGCCCAGAAGGAGCCUCCCGGGUGGCUUUCAACCCUGAACAAAAGCCUCCCCAUGGGGUGCUGAAGUCACCUGGUGCACCCACAGGAGAGCCCCAGCUGAAGAAAUCCUUUGUAACACCAGCUAAGAAGAGACCAACCGCAAUGGACUUCUUUUAAGUCAGCUCGGAGUGGCCUACUUUUUGUACAGGAUAUUUCAGUAAACCAGAGCUUUCUCAGGAGGUAUUUUGGACUUCUCUGGGUUUUUUUUAUUUUAAAUUUCUCUGAACUGUAUAUAAGAGGUUCUGAUUGUGACACUGCUGCUUUACCAACUCUUCAGCUGUGCCUUGUGAGGUACCUUGUUAUACUUGUUUUGGGGAAGGGAUUAAAAUGAGACUCUACCUACGUUUCUGAAAGGUGUGGUCUCCCCAUGGCGUUCUCACAGGACUUGCUAUUUGAAGGACUGCUAGAGUCAGUUUUUCGAGACUGAUUAAGAAAACUUAUUCUUCAAGCUCCUUGACUGUCUACAGCAGUUCAGGAUUUGAAAAAAGAAAACAACGUACUAGGCAGCUGUCAGUGUAUUUACAGAUUUGUUCCUCAAGUAACUCUCUGAUCGCUGGCAUUCUGGUUUGGCCUGACAUGAAAACUUAGUCUCUGUUUUAAUGAACCUCUUGGCCUUACAGAUGGCAGCAAAAUUUAUCCACAUGGAUUAGAAAUAAAGUAGCUGCUGAGAUGAUCAUUUCAUACAUAAACUCUUGGCAUUGAUCAGCCAAUCAGCUACUUAUAUACAAACCACACAAAUAUUGUCAAACAAGUGACUUGUACUUCACUAUCACUUGUGGCACAGUUGGCUUCUCCACAUUCUCUCUUUUACCUACUACAACUGAAAUAAGGCUAUCAUAUUUGAGAAGUCUCUUGUGUGUUAAUGUUCAGCUUCUGUCUUCUUUCUCAAAAAAUGGCAAAAGUUUCAAAACAAUCUUUAUUUCCCCUCUAACAAUUGGUAUCACUACAUUUGAGCAGAGGUCAGACUUUAAUAUAGUCUAAACUUCAUUCAGCAAAUUAAAGUGAGUUAAAACAGAGUAGUGCAUUUUGUUUAGGAUACACAUUUCUCUGAAAACCUUGGUGCCUUUAAAUACAAGGUAGAGCUUUAUAGUGCAAGCAGCUCAUAGCUUUUUCUUUAAGGUAGAACCAGAAGAAUUCUUUCUACAGGUUUUAUUUUUGGUAUGUUUUUAUUCUGCAUGGAAUAUUCAAGUAUUCUAUGGUUAUCCAGUGAUUUGAUUGUUUUUUUUUAAUUUAGUUUUUUUACUCUUAUGACUUCAGUUAAGAAUGAAGUAAAUUGCUGUAAUAGACUGUUCAUUUCUUCUGACAAAUUAUGAUGUGUGGAGGGAAUUAUUCUGCAGUCUGGUGCAGUAGGUAUUUUCUGGAAGACGUGCCUAUACAAAAAAGGAUUUUCACUAGGCCUCUGCAUUGGACCUCAGUGUUAAAGCACAGUGUAGUGUCUGGACACAGCUGUUCACUUAAUUUCCCUCCAUUUACUUCUGGGUAUCAAUAGGCACAGGAAGCCUAUAUCAUCAUCUUAUGUCAUAUCAAAACUAGCA